CUUUUUCGUAAACCCACAGUUUAAUUUUGUCUGCGAUUCAACUGUAGAGAAUUGCCGCUGAAGAAACAAGCUUCAAUAUACACUUGAAGUGCUCAACUGUUGGAUUGAAGUGAAGUUGAAAAUAGUAGUAGGUUUAAUUUUUUGCAAUGGAAGAUUCCCCUACACUUGGGAAACGAAAAGAACCUGAAUCUGAACAGUCUAAGGUCUCCCAAACCCCUGGUCAAGGAUCUGCACCGAAACGACGAAGAGAACCUGAAGAUUCAGAGGUCUCUGAAACCCAAAAUCAGGAAUGUGUUGCAAAUCAACAAAGAGAACCUGGAGAUUCAAAGGUCAUCGGAACCCUUAAUCAAGCAUCUCUCAACAAUCUGAUGCGCACAUGUGUGCAUGAGGUUGCGGUUCCAAGUGGGUACACCUCGACCAAGGAUGAAUCUAUUAAUGGAACCCUCUCUAAUCCUGUGUAUAAUGGAAAGAUGGCAAAAACAUACCCUUUUAAGCUCGACCCGUUUCAGCGGGUAUCCGUGGCAUGCCUAGAACGGAAUGAGUCUGUGUUGGUCUCAGCUCAUACUUCGGCAGGAAAAACUGCAGUUGCCGAGUAUGCGAUAGCAAUGGCUUUUAGAGAUAAGCAAAGGGUUAUAUAUACUUCCCCAUUGAAAGCUUUGAGCAAUCAGAAGUACAGAGAGCUUAGUCAGGAGUUUAAUGAUGUGGGAUUGAUGACGGGUGACGUUACUCUGUCACCUAAUGCUAGUUGUUUGGUCAUGACGACCGAAAUUCUUCGGGGAAUGCUUUAUAGGGGUUCAGAGGUUUUGAAGGAAGUCGCAUGGGUCAUCUUUGAUGAAAUCCAUUAUAUGAAGGAUCGUGAAAGAGGGGUUGUUUGGGAAGAGAGUAUUAUAUUUUUGCCACCAGAGAUUAAAAUGGUAUUUCUGUCAGCGACAAUGUCAAAUGCCACUGAGUUUGCUGAGUGGAUUUGUAAUUUGCACAAACAGCCAUGUCAUGUGGUCUACACGGAUUUCCGACCAACUCCUCUGCAGCAUUAUGUUUUUCCCAUGGGUGGGAAUGGAUUGUAUCUUGUGGUCGAUGAGAAUGAGCAGUUCAAGGAGGAGAAUUUUGUGAAGUUACAGGAUACAUUCUCAAAGCAGAAAUUCAGUGAUGUUAACAAGAGCGCUAAUGGCAAAGCAAGUGGGAGAAUAGCAAAAGUCGGGAAUGCUUCUGGUGGUUCUGACAUAUUCAAAAUUGUGAAGAUGAUUAUGGAACGGAAAUUCCAACCAGUAAUCAUCUUCAGCUUCAGUAGAAGAGAAUGUGAACAACAUGCAAUGUCCAUGUCCAAGCUUGAUUUCAAUAACCAAGAGGAAAAGGAUAACGUAGAAGAGGUUUUCCGUAAUGCAAUACUCUGCUUGAGUGAGGAAGACAGAGAUUUACCGGCUAUUGAGUUGAUGUUGCCACUACUUCAGCGAGGUAUUGCUGUUCAUCAUUCUGGCCUUCUUCCUGUUAUCAAGGAAUUGGUAGAGCUUCUUUUCCAGGAAGGCCUUGUAAAGGCUCUUUUUGCCACAGAAACAUUUGCCAUGGGUUUAAAUAUGCCCGCAAAAACUGUUGUUUUCACAGCUGUCAAGAAGUGGGAUGGUGAUAGUCAUCGUUUUAUUGGAUCUGGUGAAUAUAUACAGAUGAGUGGAAGGGCUGGGCGCCGUGGCAAAGAUGAGCGUGGUAUUUGUAUUAUAAUGGUUGAUGAGCAGAUGGAGAUGAAUACACUCAAGGACAUGGUUUUGGGUAAACCUGCUCCAUUAGUUAGUACAUUCAGGCUGAGCUACUACUCAAUUUUGAAUUUAAUGAGUCGCGCUGAAGGCCAGUUUACUGCUGAACAUGUAAUAAGGAAUUCAUUCCAUCAAUUUCAGUAUGAGAAGGCCUUACCUGAUAUAGGGAACAAGGUUACGAAGCUGGAGCAGGAAGCUGUGAUGCUUGAUGCUUCAGGAGAGGCUCAAGUUGCUGAAUUUCAUAAGCUAAAACUAGAUAUAGCCCAACUUGAGAAGAAGAUGAUGGCUGAAAUAACAAGGCCUGAAUGGGUUCUUUACCAUCUUCGUCCUGGUCGGCUGGUCAGGAUAAGGGAAGGUGGAACAGAUUGGGGAUGGGGAGUUGUGGUUAAUGUUAUGAAAAAACCCUCCCCAGGGGUAGGCGCAUUGCCGUCACGUGGGGGUGGUUAUAUAGUUGAUACUUUACUUCAUUGCUCACCCGGUUCAAGUGAGAGUAGUUCACGGCCAAAACCAUGCCCACCUCAUCCUGGAGAAAAGGGUGAAAUGCAUGUGGUCCCUGUUCAGUUGCCCCUAAUUUCUGCUCUAAGCAAACUGAUGAUAUCUAUUCCUUCUGAUCUUCGGCCAUUGGAAGCGAGGCAAAGUAUAUUGCUUGCCAUAGAGGAGCUGAAAACUCGUUUUCCACAAGGCCUUCCAAAGCUUAACCCUGUAAAGGACAUGGGCAUUAAAGAUCCGGAAAUUGUUGAGUUGGUGAACCAAAUUGAGGAACUUGAACGGAAGUUACAUGCUCAUACACUUCAUAAGUCCCAAGAUGUUCAUCAGAUGAAAUGUUUCCAAAGGAAAGCAGAGGUGAACCAUGAAAUUCAACAACUUAAGUCGAAAAUGCGUGAUUCCCAGCUUCAAAAAUUCCGGGAUGAACUUAAGAAUCGUUCACGAGUCUUGAAAAGGCUUGGUCAUAUCGAUGCUGACAGCGUUGUCCAGUUAAAGGGACGGGCCGCCUGCUUGAUAGACACAGGCGAUGAGCUCCUCGUCACUGAGCUGAUGUUUAAUGGUACAUUCAAUGAUCUUGAUCAUCACCAAAUUGCAGCUCUUGCAAGUUGCUUUAUACCAGGAGACAAAUCCAGCGAGCAGAUACAAUUGCGAACAGAGCUUGCCAGACCAUUACAACAACUCCAAGAAAGUGCAAGAAAAAUUGCGGAGAUUCAAUAUGAAUGCAAAUUGGAUAUAAAUGUGGAUGAGUAUGUGGAAUCAACAGUAAGGCCGUUCUUGAUGGACGUAAUUUAUUCUUGGUCAAAGGGAGCAAGUUUUGCAGAGGUUAUACAAAUGACCGAUAUCUUUGAGGGUAGUAUUAUUAGAAGUGCUAGAAGGCUUGACGAGUUUUUGAAUCAGUUGCGUGCUGCUGCUCAUGCCGUAGGAGAAGUUGAUUUAGAAAACAAGUUUGCAGCAGCUAGCGAAAGCCUUCGGCGAGGUAUAAUGUUUGCCAAUUCCCUGUAUCUAUGAAUUGUCUUCCUGCAGGCCAUCAUAUAUUAUUGGAUUACUGGCGCCCGUGGGAAUGAAGAUAAAUGCCAGAUCAGCAUGCGAGGUAUCCUGCUAGUGCCAUGAGCUGACUUUAUUUUCCUAUUUGUUUUCUGUUGCAUUGAGUUCCCUAUAACAAGCUUUGUUUUAUAUAUUUUUUGUUUUUCAAUCAAUAGUUAGUCCACAUUGUAUAAAUGCAAUCUAGGGAGUUGAUUUCAAUAGAACGUACUUGAGGAAUCAUACAGAACUUUUUAAAUGAUAUUAACGGUUAUUACUCUUCA